AUGUCGGAUCUACAACGAAAUUUCUUUCGUAGAAAGAUUCAAGAUCGCGAAAACCAACUCCAGCGAAUGGGUCUGACGCCUUUUGCAGAGGAAGAAGAAGAAGAAAAUGAAAAUAAAAACAAUGAAACUAUAAAAUCUUCAACCCCUAAAGAUUCAGACUUUCUUGAUGACCUGCCUAAACCACCACCUAUCCGAAUUCCAUCAGAACUCAGCCCUAAACCAAUUCAAGGUAUUGCAACUAGCAGUCCUGGAUCACUGUUUGGGUCUCCGCAUGGAUCCACUACUCCUCGUUCAAGCAAAUAUAAACCCCGCGACUGGGCCGAUGGGUACUUUGAUGAGCGGUUUACCAUCAGCGUGCAUCGCGCAGAUAAGCAAAUUGACUUUACCGUUUACUUCACUGCACCCUCGGACCCGCUGAAAAUGCCUGCAUUUGUGUUCCACCAUGGUGCAGGUUCUUCAGCAUUGUCUUUUGCCUGUGCGGCCCGCGACAUUAAACAAACUUUUAAAGCUCAUGGUGCUGCAACACCAUCAGCAGCUAACAACUUGGGAGGAGCAAUUCCUAGUAUCGAUGGUGCAGAGGGACAGUCUCAGGUUGGUCCAAUCUCUUCAGCCUUUGGUGGUGUCUCGACAUCCUUGGCUCCAAAACCUUUAUCACAAACUGCUACCAUCUCUUCAUCCCCUGGUGGGAUUGUUCCUGGAAUGGGCAUUGGCUCAUUGUCAGCAGUUGCUCCACUCCCCGUGGGCCCAUCCUCGAAACCCCAAUAUAAACAAUCUUCAUAUUCAGCAGCACCUAUGAUGACUCCAAUCAUGUCUGGAAUGAUUCCAUUGCCCGGGUCUGGAAUCCCGGCAACAGUGUAUCCUGGAUCUCCAACAGCAGUUGCUCAACCACCACCGCCUCCUGGAGUAGCAAAUACCGGAAUUGAAACUACAAUACCCGAAAUAUUACAAAAUGAAGAAACUACUGAAAAUGAAAAGAAAGAAACUGUUGUGGAGGAUGGCGAAACACCUUGUGUUUUUGCAUUUGAUGCACGAUACCAUGGCUCUACCAAGGUUUACAAUGUAAGUGAGACUGGAGAUCUUGUAGAAGAACCUUUUGAAGAAAUGGACAUGUCUCUGGAAACUCUUACAAGAGAUAUGAUUGAUGUAAUCAACAAGGUGUACGAAACAAAGGGUUGGGGCAAGAAAGAAGACGAGAGCACCCCUAACCCAUCCCUUAUUCUUGUGGGUCACUCACUUGGAGGAUCUGUUGUGACCUCGGUAGCCACAGAAUCCGCGGGAAAUAUCCAAAAACUAAAAAAGAAGAAGGAAGAAACAGGUGAAGAAACAGGUGAAGAAACUACAGAGGAGGACUUGCCACACCUGCCUGGGUCAGUUUCUGGGGUUGCUGUUCUAGAUGUUGUUGAAGGCACUGCGAUUGAAUCCUUACAAACCAUGAAUAUGAUUCUCGACUCGCGGCCUCUUACAUUCCCAUCAAUUGAAAGGGGUAUUGAGUGGCAUUUGCGCUCCAAAGCCUUGCGCAACCCUGAAAGUGCCUGCAUUUCAGUCCCAUGUCUUUUAAGACCCCAACCAGAACACUCAGUUUCCAAAAUUAGUUCUUCUUCUUCUUCUUCUUCUUCUUCUACCACGGGCUACCCAUCCUGGUCAGUCUUACCCAAUCUCGGCGGGAAGGGUGGGACAGCUGUGGCUGGCGGACGUUGGGAAUGGGUCACGAAUUUGCGUGCAACAGAACCGUUUUGGCGAGGAUGGUUCACUGGGCUUUCGGCACGGUUCUUACGUGUCCCCGCUGCAAGACUACUGGUUCUUGCAGGAACUGAUAGGUUGGACAAGGACCUAAUGAUUGGCCAGAUGCAGGGUAAAUACCAAUUGGUAGUGUUUCAAGAAGCUGGUCAUUUCAUUCAAGAAGAUGUACCAUAUAAAACAGCCCAUUUAUUCUACGACUUUUAUCUGCGAAAUGUGCGUUCUCAAAGUAUUGUUCCUGUAUUUGGGUCAUUCCGUAAAGAUUAA